UAAACAUGCGUAAAAAUGAUGGGGAAAGCAAACAAGUCUUCAAUCCAUUUAUUCCGUGACUUCAAUGGACAUCUAUUAAUAAUGUGUAAAACUUAUGUGUAAAACUGCUUGAAUAGAUUUAGUUACUAUGCGCCGAUUGUCGGAUUUGACAUUACUUAAAUAAUACAUUUUGUCAAAUUUGCAAAAUUUCCAGUUCAUAAAGUCCGAAAACUAACAACCAGACUGGGAAUUUUCUCUCUCGUGAUUGUUCAGUCAUGUGUUUGCGUAAACCAAUCACAAUUAUAAAAAUAUUUACAUAUACUAGUUUGUCUGCUGCUAAACACAAAGAAAAGGCCUUUGAAAUGUGCUUCAAUAUCAAACAUGAUGGUUAAGACCGAAUGGUUGAUACCUAUGAGGUAUCGUGUUGUCUUAAGUAUUUUGCUGUGGUGGCAGAUUUCAACACAGGUGCUUGGGUAUGGUGUGUUAUGCUGCAGCAUAGAAAUUAAGCCGACUCUGUUGUUUGGAGAAGAUGUGAACAUAACAGCAACAGUAUCGGAAGUAACACAUGCUAUAGGACGUCGUUGGACUAGGAGUGAGUUAAACGCUGAACGUCACCAUGAAUAUGAUUUGAUGUAUGACGGGUUACAUGUUGACAGCGACUUUGAAGAUAAAUUCACCGAGCUGAUAGGAUCAGAUGUGUUCACUCUCACCAUACACAAUCUGACAGAUACAGAUGUUAAUAAGACGUACAAAUUGUACUUUGGAUUUGAUACGUGUGAAGUGAAUCUUACUUUUGUACAUGUACUUGUACUUACCAAUAAUGGUGCGUUAUGCUACAGCUUAGAAAUUAAGCCGACUCCGUUGUUUGGAGAAGAUGUAAACAUAACAGCAAAUGUAUCAGAAGUUACACAUGAUAUAGGACGUCGUUGGACUAGGAGUGACUUUAAAAAUACUGAACAUCAAAGUUUGAUGUAUGACGGGUUACAUGUUGACAGCGACUUCGAAAAUAAACUCACCGAGGUGAUAGGAUCAGAUGCGUACACUCUCGUCAUACACAACCUGACAGAUACAGAUGUUAACAAGACGUAUAAAUUGUUCUAUGGAUUUGAUACGUGCGAAGUGAAUCUUACUUUUGUACAUGUGCUGCAUGUACUUACCAAUAAUGGUGCGUUAUGCUACAGCUUAGAAAUUAAGCCGACUCCGUUGUUUGGAGAAGAUGUAAACAUAACAGCAAAUGUAUCAGAAGUUACACAUGAUAUAGGACGUCGUUGGACUAGGAGUGACUUAAAUACUGAACAUCAAAGUUUGAUGUAUGACGGAUUACAUGUUGACAGCGACUUCGAAAAUAAACUCACCGAGGUGAUAGGAUCAGAUGCGUACACUCUCGUCAUACACAACCUGACAGAUACAGAUGUUAACAAGACGUACAAAUUAUUCUAUGGAUUUGAUACGUGCGAAGUGAAUCUUACUUUUGUACAUGUGCUGCAUGUACUUACCAAUAAUGACCAGUCUGCUGAAAGUAAUAGACCAUCAAAGGUUACAAUGAUUGCUGGUAUCAUAGCAAUUGGGACCGUUUUGGGCUUCUUGACAUUGCUAGUGUUCGUGAAGAUCUGUAGAAGAAAACGUCAGGUGGACCAAAGAAGAAUGUUGAGCAAGAUAGAAGAUCCACAUAAUGAUGAUUUAGCUGUACAUGAACAAAUAAUGGUAUAACAGAAACGUAACAUCGACUUAUUUCGUCGUCAUGACCAGUUUGUAAGAAGACCACAAAGUUUUCAAGUUAAACCUUAAAGACAUGACGAUGUCUAUUUUGUGACAUACAUGUGCAACAACUUUAUAUUAAAAAAUUGUGUGUGUAAAUCACUACAUUAUGUAGAAUAGCUAUGAAUUUUCAGUACCUUAUUUUUGACUGGAAUUUUACUGAUUUUGCAUAUGCAAUAGAACUACAUAAAAGAGUAAGAAAAUCAACAUAUUCGUCUUUUUACUUUGUUACUGCUUUAUAAAGAUUGGGUUUGCUCAUCUUUUUUUAAAACGUUAAACGCACACUAAGGGCAUACGUGAUGUUGUUUAUACAUCAUUGACUUUUAACUGGAAGAGAUAAGAUCAAAAUUUAAUGGGUAUGAUAUAUGUUAGGCAUAAUUUUUAUGUAUUCAUUUUUUAGAAUGUAUUUUUUUCAAGAUGAACGCAUUUUAUUACUUAUCUUUUAUUUAUUUGACUAACAAACUGAAUCAUAAAACCAUAAAAACGAACGAUAUUCCUUAUCAGAGCAAAUUUUACGUCAGACGAAGUCCUUAAAUCUACAGUAGUAAAAUUAAUUUCAUUGGUUUAUAGGACAUGAGGUUUUGGUCAAGUCCUAAAAGCUCACAAAAAAUAUGAAAAAUCCUGACCAUUUCAGGUUAAAAGAAGAACAAGAACCAUUUCAGACUUUCUGUAGUUCAUGCUCUGAAUGUUCAAAUGACAGUCUUUUUUUUAUAGAUUCAACAUGUCACAAAAAAGUUCUAAAAAUAAGAAAUGAGUAGUCUCCUGAAGUCAUGUUCAAAUUUAUCCUUGAAAUAAGAAAAAAAAAACUAUUCAAAAAUGAAUAAAAGGAGAUGAUGGGUGAAAAACCUUUACAGAUUUUAUUUAUUUGGAGUAUUUACAAUCAUAUUUGAUUUUCCUUCUAUUUCUAACCUUGUAUCAAUCAAUCAAUCAAUCAAUCAAUCAAUCAAUCAAUCAAUCAAUCAGCCAUAUGUCUCCUAUUUCGUAAUGACAAGGUUAUUUCCAUAUCAAUGACAUAGGUCAUCAACUAUUUUAGUAUCUCGAGAAUGGUUCAUGUAAUUAGUUUGUGUGCUUUUGUGAACAUUUAAAAUAGUGCUUCUGUCGUUUUACAUCUAAAUUUCCUAUAUAGAUAUAAAAAGAUGUGGUAUGAGUGCCAAUGAGACAACUCUCCAUCCAAGUCACAAUUUGUAAAAGUUAACCAUUAUAGGUCAAAGUACGGCCUUCAACAUGGAGCCUUGGCUCACACCGAACAGUAAGCUAUAAAGGGCCCCAAAAAUGACUAGUGUAAAACCAUUCAAACAGGAAAACCAACGGUCUAAUCUAUAUAAAAAAACGAGAAACGAGAAACACUUAUGAACCACAUCGACAAACGACAACCACUGAACAUCAGGUUCCUGACUUAGGACAGGUGCAAAUAAAUAGCUUGUAAACAUUUCUGCAAUAGAAUUGGAAAAAAAAAUUAGAUCAGAAUAUUAUUAUUAAUUUUUUGACAGUGUAUAUUCAAUAUAUCAUUAUAUAUAUAUAUAUGGGUCAUUAUCAAAAAAACAUGCAAAACUAUGUUAUUUGGUCUUUUCAAGUCAAAAGACAUGAAACUAUAUCAAAAUGUAUCAAAAUAACUAUUGCAUAUGAAAGAUAUGAAUGUUUUGUGAUACACUUUACACAGUUUACAGUAUGAAAUGUUAUAAAAACAUUCUUAAUUUUUUCUCAAACCCUUUGAUAUAGCCAGAAUCAACUGUUAUUUCAGACCUGAAAUAGGGCUAUUAUUCAUAUCAUUUGUUAUUAGAAAUUAUCACUUUUUAUUGCAUUUGAUACAUACAAACAUUUUUUUAAUGAUUUGGAAGGUGUAUGUUGGUUUUAUAAUAAAAAAUUUAACCAAAAGGAAAAGUCUCAUUUUUUAAGUCAAUGGUGUAACCAAAAGACAAAUUGGUAGGGUAAGAGUUAUCUUUCUCAAUAUUUCAGCAUUUACAAUAGUUUCUUCCUUAGCAAUGUUACCUGUAAGCAUGUUAUGCAAAAGAAAACAAACAUUUAUGUUGAAAAUUUAGUAAAAAAAUAUUAAAAGUAAGUACAAGCUAUAUCGUAAUUGAAAAUAGUGUCCAUGGUGUACCCUUAUAAAAAUCUUUUUUUUUUUUAAAUUCCUGAACUUUGAAUUAUGAAAUAUAUUGAUUGUAGAAACAUGCACCAGGAACACCAUAUAAAAUAGGGGAAUGGAGCCCUUAUUUUGUAACUAAACCUUAAAAUACACCUGAAAAUCAAUGGUGUUACUGUCAAUGGUGAGACCAUUUUAAUAAAAUAACACCAUUGACCAGCUUAGUAACACCACUGAAUAUAUUAUGACAAUCAGCAUUUUUUGGUGUUUCUUUCAUGUUUAACAAGCGAAACAUCAUAUUAUUUAUAACAAACAAUACUUAUUUAACAAUGUUUUAACAAUAUCAUGUAUUACAUAUACAAAGUUUUCAAAAACUGGUGUAUGCUGGUAACACCAAUGACACUAUUUAGUAACACUACUGACAUUUUUAGUUAUUGAUAUUAUGUUAUAUAAUUUGAGAUUUUUAAGCCUAAGAAUUAUUUUUCCUCUUUUUCUUUUGCUCAGUGUUCUCUGUUUUGUGUUCAGUAUUUAAUAAAAGUAAAAUUUGAAAUGUGUUGUCAAUGGUGAUACUUUUGUGUCAUUGGAGUUACUGAAGAGUCCGUGGUGUAACUAUAUAAAAAUGCGAUACUUUUUAAUUUUUAUUCAUAAAUGAAAGCGUUUUUAGGUUGUAUACGAAGGAUUAAGCAUAUUCUUAUCAUUUCAUCUUAUACAUUAUACAUAUAUUCAAUUUAAGUGUAUUUUUUAGUAUUUACAACAGCCACAAUUAGAACAGCCAACUUUUUUACGACAAUGUAUUCUGAAAUUUAUGUUUAAAAAAGAAUGUAUAGCUAGAGGAAUAAUGUCAAUAAGUAGUAAUUUAAACCUUAACAACAAAUUGGAACAGUUGUUUGAUGUUUAACAAUAAUAUUUAGUACCUAAAUGCAUGUUUUAAAUUGGUAACACCAUUGACACGAUUCUAUCAAAGGAUGACCUAAAAUUGUUAAAAUUGAAGGAACCCUUCAUUUUUCCCAUUGCAUAUUUCUGAAAAUAGUUGCUACCAUACUAUAGAAUAGAGGGACACAUUUAAAUGUUUUAAACAAUGACAUCGUUUUUCCAAAUAUUACUUCAUCGAAAUUUGCAUGUUUUUUUGAUAAUGACCCACAUAUAUUUUAUAAUGGUCUGAAAAUACCAGAAUUUGUAAUUUGGGAUUAUACUUGAAUUAAAGCCAAGGAGAUUUUUGAAUGAACAGCUUUUCCAAAUUUUGUUAAUACUUAGGAAGUAGAAAUAAGGAAUAUGUUUACAGGUUUAGAUUUGGAUUUAUUGUAAACUUUCAAAACAUGUAGCUUUUAAUCAUACAUUAUUUCCAGACUAAUAAGAAAAUAAUCCUAUGUCAACGGAUAGGUAUACCUUUUUGCGUCUUUACUUGUCAUAGAAGGUUUACAUUAUGUUUACAUUUAUAUAGACUUUUUGAAAGAACUAGUCAGUUUUUAGAAUUUUUGCCGCCAAUUGGUCUCCGACAGCCCCCAUCGGUCAUCUCACUCAAACAGAUUGAGCAUGGACAUUAAAAUAAAACUUUACAGAAUUAUUGACUUUUCACUUUUUACUAUUGUUAACUGCAUUUUAGUUUCAAAACGUAUGUACCAACUUAUUCUCAAAAUACCUAUAUAAACAUGCUUAUUAGAUUUUAUCUAUUGUUAGAAAAGUUUCCUGAUAAUGUCCGUUUUAUUUUGGUAAUAAAAAAUCCGGUAUCUUGUUUCCUUAUAACCAUGUAAUUUUCCGGUGUAAAAAUAUUGUUAAUUUUUGGAUUUUGUUUAUGUUUAAAAACGGUAUCUUUUCUCUGACUUUAUACACCCAUUUUAUUUAAUAAAUGCUCAAGGUUUCAAUUCUAAGAUCUGAAUUUGUGUGUUUUUAACCGGCAAGAUUUAAAUUAAGAAGAACCAUCACUGCCAUUAAAUGACGUAGUUUUCUUCUUGAAUAUUUGUUUAUAAUAUAAAUGUCAAACAGAUCUCGAUUCGCCUCCAUAAAGUGUUAUUGUUAUUCGUUAUAGUCGUCAUUAUAAUCAAAACCUACGUCUUCAGCUCAAAAUAGUCAAUCUUUUUUUCUUUCCUUUUUUCUUAUUUAUAGUUUGUAUCAUAUCCAAUGAAUUGUACUUACAUGUAAUACGGACGCCCAUUUAGGACUUCCCAAAAAUAUAUAUUUGAAUUCGAAAUCACGAAUUCAAAUCGUUAUCACGAAUUGAAUAAUUCGUUAUAACAGAUUAAAUUCGCGAUAACGAAUUUGCGGAAUUAGUUAUAACAGUUUUUGUAAUUCAUAAUUACGAAUUUAAUUCGUUAUCACAUUUUUUUGUAAUUCGUGAUAACGGGUUAAAAAUCGUAAUAGCGAAUUCUAUGUAUCGUGAUAACGAAUUGUAUAAAUCGUUAUAACGGAUUGAAUUCGUUAUCAUGAAUUUGUAGAAAUAGUUAUCACAAUUUUUAUGUUAUUCGUGAUAACGGAUUAAAUUCGUUAUCACGAAUUCGCAGAAAUAGUUAUCACGAAUUUAAUUCGUUAUUACGAAUUAUACAAUUUGUUAUAACGAUUUUAAACCGUUAUCACGAAUUACAAAAAUCUGUGAUAAAGAAUUUAAUCAGUAAUCGUGAAUCACCAAAAAGCCUGUGAUAACAAAUUUUACGCAUUCGUGAGAUAGAAUUUAAUCCUUGAUUACGAAAUAUACAAUUCGUUAUCACGUUUUUAAUCCGUUAUCACGAAUUUAAACUGUGAUAACGAAUUCUACAAUUCAUGAAAACAAUUUUAAUUCGUGAUAUCGAAUUCAAAUAUAUAUUUUUGGAGGUCCUAAAUGGGCUUCCGUAUACAUGCAUGCUCAUAUUGUUAUACAUGUAUAUAUAUUUUUAUAUUGUAGUCUGCAUUUUUUGGGUUUUUUUUGUGCCUUAUCCAUUUUGAUUAAAUUUACCAAAUAAAGUAUGUUUAGACUAGAUUAUCUUUAGCCAUUUUAAAUGGAUGUGGUAUUUUUAAUGGUAAUCUAAAAAUUGUAAGGUAUGUUUAUGACCUGAAGUAAAUUGUAUUACUUUAUUCAAAAACUAAUGGAUAUAAUUUAGUAGUGUGCCCAGUCAACGAAUUCGAAAGUUUUAGGUUAACUGAAUACAUACGGUUGUAUUUUAUAUCAUUGGAAAGAGGAGAACAAGCUGCAUCGAAAUAUUGAUGUCGUUGUUAUCUACAGUGGUCCGGUCUUUUCUUAAAUUUAGGUCAAAGGUCAAAGCUAAAAUUUCAGGGAAAACGCAGAGUCACAUUUAGACAGCUUGCCACCCCUACUUAUAUGCGUUAAGAGUGAAAUAAUUUCAAUUAAUUAAAGGAUUAUUACUAUUGUUUCUAUAUUUAGAACUAAUUUGAUAUUUAAGAUGCCAAAUAUGAUUCGAGAUUGACGUUUGUACGUAUGGGGUGAACAUUUACCAUUUUCCUUCAGCUGUUAAAUAACAGUGACCUUGGCCCAUUUCAACUUCAAAAUUUGAAAUUUUAAAGAUUCGAUUCAAAUGAACUCUAGAGAUGUUUUUAGAUAUCAACAUUUUUAAGUUGCCCUACAAAAAUUUUGUUUUUGCCCGUCUUUUGAUAGUUUAAGUAACAAAAUGAUUAACGACACGAGAUAAUCCGUGUUGGAUCAAUGCAAAAAUGUUCAAGAUUCCUCGUACAAUAUAGUAUCUGGGGGUACCCUGUAAAACACGAAAUUUAGAAAAUCGUGACCACGACAAGUUAUGACGACAAUCAUGAUUGUAAGAUAUAAUGAUUUUCCUAUGAUUUGCAAAAUCAUUUAGCCGUGUGUUAUUUCGUUAACUUAAACUCGUUAACUUGAGGCCUUUUCUAACACUGGGCACCUUACUAAUUGUCGAGUUUCUGUACACAGAAUAGUAAUAUAUAUUAGCAUUUUUCUUCUGUUGCUGAAAUUUUUUCCGUUCACUGGUAAAAUGGCCUUUUUAAAAAUCAGUUUUAUUAUCUUUAUAAGUUUUUGUUGUUAUUUAAUUUGUGAAUUUCUCAUUUUUUUAUUGAUACAUUUGAAUGUACUUUUAUUUACCAAAAUAAACCAAUUCUUAAAAGCU